AAAACGUUUCCUGAAAACGCCCCGUGAAAGAGAAAAGGCGGAAACUCCAGAGACUCUGAAUAAUAAUAACAUGAAUAAAAAAAGCUUGUUUAUCCAGAGGAGGGACGGACUUCAAUUGACUUCUGCGCCCAAAACCUUCUUUUCACUUUCCAAACCUGCACUUUUUUUCCCUCAGCAGCAGUGACUCAGUCUCCACCCUCCGCAACAACAACCCCGACCCGGGUCAGCCGCUGUGACAGCCCACGGGAUCCGUCAACUCGGCCACAGCAACAGCGGGCGUCCAUGAACAUACGAGCCGGAGGAGUGGCUGGCCGACACACGACGACGAGGCGCGGCGCGGAGCUCAUGGAGGAAGCCCCUGUGGCGCAGGAGUGAAACAAAAACGUGGAGCUAACGUCAAGGUUGGAAGAACGAAGUGAAACCAUGUUGGGGAACACGGGGACUUACGCUAACAAGAAGAGGAAGAAGCCUGUCCUCAAACAAAAGAAAGUCAAUGAAGGCAAUGAGGUUGUCAAAUCAAACCCUUCAAAGCGACACCGGGAUCGGCUGAAUGGGGAACUGGACCGCCUCACAGACCUCUUGCCCUUAUCUGAGGAGGGUCGCUCUCGUCUGGACAAACUGUCGGUCCUUCGCCUUAGUGUGGGAUACCUGAAGGCCAAGAGCUACUUUAAAGCCAUCAUGAAGAACAGCAGCAGCAGCAGCAGUCUACAGAUUCCUGGGCUGAACGGGCAGAACGGACAGAAAGGGAACAACAUGGACACCACAGGCUUCUCCGAGGGCGACCUGCUACUCCAGGCGUUGAAUGGGUUUGUGAUCGUGGUCACAUCGGAGGGUUUGGUGUUUUAUGCCUCUCCCACAAUCAAGGAAUACCUGGGCUUCCAUCAGUCGGAUGUGGUUCACCAGAGUGUCUUUGAUCUCAUCCACACUGACGACCGAGACAUGUUCAGACAGCAGCUGCAUUUCGCCCUGAACCCACCACCAAUCAGCACGGCAGGAAAUGGCUUGCAGAGCUCUGGUAACACAGAGAGGUACAGUCCUGAGCACCUUCCUCCAGAGAACUCGUCCAUCCUGGAGCGGAGCUUUGUGUGUCGCUUCCGCUGCCUCCUGGACAACUCGUCCGGCUUUCUGGCGUUGAAGUUCCAGGGGCGACUGAAGUUCCUCCACGGUCAGAGUGUUGUGAAGGACAACAAGACGUGCAACCACCCUCAGCUGGCUCUGUUCAGCAUUGCGAUGCCUGUUCAGUCCCCGUCCAUCGUGGAGAUCAGAGCUAAGAUGAUUCUGUUUCAAACCAAACACCAGCUGGACUUCACACCCAUGGGCAUUGACAGCAGGGGGAAAAUAAUCCUGGGCUACUCAGAGACUGAACUGUGUAUGAAAGGCUCCGGCUACCAAUUCAUCCACGCAGCUGAUAUGAUGUACUGCGCUGACAGACACCUGCGCAUGAUUAAAACAGGAGAGACCGGAAUCACUGUCUUCAGGCUCCUCAGUAAAUCAAACAGCUGGGUAUGGGUGAAGUCCAAUGCAAAGCUGAUCUUCAAAGAAGGACGACCAGAAUUCAUCAUCUGCUAUCAGAAAGCUUUAGUCAACAAUGAGGGUGAGGACUAUUUGCGUGAGAGGAGCUUGCAGCUUCCCUUCAGCCUCACCAGAGGAGAGGCCAUCCUCUACAACACCGGCCCCACUGUGGACGUCACGGCCUCUCAGUUCAAUAAAAUGUUCAGCAACACGGACAUAAGCAAGGACAUGGCGCCCCGCUCUUUGCUGGACUGCUUCCUGAGACAGGAUGAAACGGCGUACAUCCAGACAGUGGAGCCGCCCUUACCUGUGGACCAGGUUUACAAGGAGAGCCGCGCUCUUGUCACCAUUUCCAGUGAUGUGUGGCAGGAAAACAGCGCCCUGGUCAAUACAGACCCUGUCGCUGUGAAAGCAGAGGCCAAGCAGUCUGUGAUGGCUUUGAUCGACAACUUUCAAAAAAUGGCUCAAAGUGGGGACUUCAGUGCAGCGCUGCAGAAUCUGGAGGUGGGCGACGCUGAGCUGAUGGAGUUGGAAAACCCGCUCAAGAGAUUGGGUCAGGACGAGGAUCAGCCGAACAACAUCAGCUCUGAGCUGGACAGCAUCCUCACAAAUGACAUAUUUGACUAUAUUGACAGGGUUCUGUUCCAGGAGAAGGGAGGCGAUGGUCCAAGCAGCCUCUGCAAUAAUCCGCAGGAGCCCUUCAGUGACGCUGCUCUGUUCUCAGCCACUCAGCUCUGUGAGGCACAGUUGUUUAAUACACAGAGUCCUCUUCAUACCUACUCUCCAAAUAAUGGACUCUACACUCACCAGCAGGAUCCAGGGCAGAGCUUAUCAGACCCUGCACAGAUACUCAACAGCACCAACAAACUCUCACACCAGGGUCCCCUCAUUGCUGCGGCUGACACCAACCUACCGCCUCUUCAACAGCUGCAGCUCAAGGACAUUUUCAGCCCGUCAAUAGAGCUCCCAGAUCUUGUUGUUCCUGAUGCCCCAGCCUCAUUCCAGUCCUGCGGGCAGGUGCCCAUCAUGAGAGGGGUACAAAGGGUCCCUGCUCAGACACCGUUCCUGCCGAACAAUUUGCCGGCUCCUGCGAUGGCAGGGAAUGGACACAUGCUGCAGAGCUCAGUUAAACAACCAAAGAACAUAGCACCCGGUGUGGUGGACAUUUUGCCACAACUGAUUCCCUGCAAUGACUUAAGUUCCUCUACCACACAGAUCAUUCCCAUUCCCUUUGCUGCAGCAUGUCUGCAGGGAAGUUCCCCCUUUGAAAUGCACACGGUUCAGCAGUGGCCACAGGGUCAGCAGCAGAUGCUGCCUCAGUCUGGCAUCAUGCAGAACGGACAUCAGCUGAUGCCAGACUGUCAUGGCCAAACUUCUGAAAGCCAAACAGUUUCGCAAAGUGGUCUAUGGCACAGGCGAGUUACCGGACUGAACCACUCUCUGCAAGGCGGGCUGGCAUGUGGACAGGCAGUUACUCACAGCAGCUGCAUGUUUGAGCAGCACAUUUCCUCCAGUCCAGCAGUGGGCGACACGCUGGCGAUAUCUGGUUCUUCAGGCCUGAGGCAAACAGGAGUGACGCUGGAUCCAAGUCCUCUUCAAGGUUCCUGCUGCUUCCAGUGGAGCCGCAGUGAACCAGUGGUGGGAGCAUCGACCAUCAACCAGAUGAAAGGCAACAUCCCGUCAGAGCACAUUCAGCACUACCAGGAAAACCACAGGCAGACACAGGAUGAAAAACUCUUGUCUGAACUCAAUGGGAUCUUUGCGGCUCCUCCCCAUGAUGUAGCCAUGUACUCUGGGUAGUCGAGGAAAACACGGUGCCUGUAUCAGUGCUUUUAAUGCUUACCCUCCUUUUUUGUAUCACUUUGUGUUAUAUUUACUGUGUCCACUCUCAUGUUUGUCAGUUUCUAUUGAAGAUACACUUAAAAAAAUAACGAUAAUGAAAAUAUAAAAAAAUAAAAAUGAAGUAUAAAGCCGAAAGUGCCUGUACCAGAAUGGAACUUUAGCCAGUUAGUAAGCUGGGUCGGGGGAACCCUAAAAAGUUAAAGAAAAAUGUAUUUACAAGGCAAACAGUGCUCAUGUCCACAGAUUUCCCAGAUUUAAAUUCAUGAAACAGUCAGAAUGUGAUUUUUUUUUAUAUAUACAUAUACACAGCUGUACCACCAUCAUCCUUAUCACUACAGAUGAAAUCAUCUGUAUAUUUGAAACGAAAUGCUUAAAAUGGCCUAUGUAAGUAUAUAAAUACAAUAUUGGACGCCAAUGUAUUGUAUAUAUGCUUCAAUAGAAGGGCUGAUAACUUGUGUUUAUCUGUGUUCAGUGUAAAUGUGCACGAAUCUCAACAUUCAAGACCAAGAUUUAACGAGUAGAGGAAACAAAAUCACAAUUAACAAAAAUGACAUCUGUCAUAUUAGGCCUUCUUUCGGCUGCUGCUGCUGCUGCUGUCAGGGAUGGAAACGUUUUGAUUAGCUGCAUCAUUUCAGUUCAGUUAAGGAUUUAUCGAAACAGGAAAUAAGUACAGCUGAGGGAGAUUGUAUCCAAAUUCUCUGCUGCCAAUUAAGACUCAUGGGCUAUUUAACAAAAAUGCAUCUUCCUGGUGUUGGUAAAGCAGUGGCAAUCUGGGACCAUUAGCUUUGAGAAACCAGAGCAUUGACAAUCUCAUUCCAUUUGUUGAAAUCCUCUAUACAUCCCGAUAGAAAUCCCUGAAGAUAGUGAUGAUCAGAAGUUAGCAAGUAAGUUGCGGCAAAGUCAGUUGUCAGUCAGUCAGUGAAUGUUCAUGUGUUUUAAGGGCGGUGCAUAUAUAUGUAUAUAUAUAUAUAUAUAUAUAUAUAUAUAUAUAUAUAUAUUGUACAUAUUUUGAAAGUUUCACCUGCUCUUUGUUGCUUUUCCAGGAUUAGGUCUCAGAUGAUGGAAAACAAUUCCUGAAUCUGCCUCCUUAAUGAAAUUGGCUCUGAAAGGAUUAAAGGAUUCUUCCUUGUCCUCUACCUUUUCACCUUUCAACUAAGUUUCAAUAAAAUUAGCUCAGUAGUUUUUGCGUCAUCCUGCUAAAGACAGAAAAACAGCAAUUAAAAUAUAUGAUUAAAACUUCCUCGGCAGAAGUUACAAAUGAUGGAUGAACUUAAUACAUAAUUUCACACCUUCUUCAGAGAUGUGAGUGAAUUUGCAGAAUCUCUCAACCAAACAUUCACAUAUUUCUCUGCCAUCCUCAUAUUAUCUGAUCUCGUAACUAUAUUUUCCACUUCCCACACUAAGCCAUAUACAUUGUUACCCUUUUUUUUUCUUUGCUGUCUUGCUUGAAAAUAUUUGUAUUUUGUGUCUUUCUUUAUAUUCAUAUUCACCACACUACAAAAAGACAUGGCAGCUUAACCACGUAUAUCCCGCUGCAUUGUGGGAAAUCACUCGGUAUCUCACCUUCCAUUAAGAUUCUGUUUUGUGGUUUCAAACCUUAAUGUCUAAGGACACUUAAUGAAUUGUCUUUGAUGACGGACUUUGAUCAGGCUCACCCCCUCGGAUUAAAAAACAAACCUGGAGCCAAAUGUUUUCUUCACAGUUGUAUUCAUAUUUUUAAAUGUGUGCCUAGACAGUCGCCAUAUUGUCCUUUAUUUGUACAACAAUUUUUCAGUUUAUUUAGCCAAGUAGUAGAAUUAUCUAUAUCAUAAUACAAUAUGUGUAUUAAAUACGUAACAGCCUUUUUUCUACUGAUAAAUGCUUUUUCAUAAAUGUUUGUUAUGAUUAAA